AUGCCGUCCAGAACUGACAAUGGUGUUGGGGUCCAGGUUGAAGACACAAAAAUAUGUGUGGUCAUGGUUGGACUCCCAGCUCGGGGCAAAAGCUAUAUUGCACAAAUUGCUCAACGGUACUUGCAAUGGCUGUCCAUACCGGCACAGACGUUCAAUGUCGGCAAUUAUCGGCGCAACGAUGCGCCACAACCCACCGCUGACUUCUUUGACACCAACAACGCCGAGGGUGAGCGGAAGCGCCGUGCAGCCGCGGAAGCUGCCGUAGCUGACAUGCUGGCUUGGUUCCGCACCGGCGGCGUUGUUGCGAUACUAGAUGCUACCAAUUCUACCAAGGAGCGUCGAAAAUGGGUCAGCGAUGUCUGCGCCCAGCACGGCAUCGAAGUUCUAUUCGUUGAAAGUAAAUGUGACGACCAGGAAAUCAUCAUGGCUAACAUUCGCGAUGUGAAAACCACCAGUCCGGACUAUCGCGGCCAAGACCCCGAAGCUGCCGCACAGGACUUUCUCAAUCGCAUAAGCAAUUAUGAGAAGAGUUAUAAGACCAUUGACCAGGACGGUGAUGAAGACGAGUACACGUACCUCAAAAUCAUGAAUAUCGGAAAGCAAGUCAUCAUCAAUCGCAUUCAAGACUAUCUUCAGAGUAGAAUUGUCUACUACCUCAUGAAUCUACAUAUUCGUCCUCGUUCAGUCUGGCUGUCCCGGCACGGCGAAUCCAUGUAUAACCUGGACGGAAGGAUUGGCGGGGAUACCUUAUUGUCACCGCGGGGCGAGCAAUAUGCCAGGAAACUUCCUGAGUUGGUGCGGGAAUCUGUCGGGGACGAUCGACCUUUAACGGUUUGGACAUCGACGCUAAAACGAACUAUUGCUACCGCGCGCUUUCUUCCACUUCACUACAACCAGCUGCAGUGGAAAGCUCUGGAUGAAUUGGACUCGGGUGUUUGUGAUGGGCUGACCUACCAAGAAAUAAAGGACCGGUUCCCUGAAGAUUUUGCUGCGCGCGACGAAGACAAGUAUAAUUACAGAUACCGUGGUGGGGAAUCCUACCGUGAUGUUGUCAUUCGCCUAGAGCCAAUAAUCAUGGAGCUGGAAAGAAGUGAGGAUAUUCUCAUCGUCACUCACCAAGCUGUCCUCCGAUGCAUUUACGCGUAUUUCAUGAAGAAGGACCAGGCUAAGAGCCCGUGGAUGAAUGUGCCGCUGCAUACACUGAUUAAGCUGACCCCAAGAGCUUAUGGAACUGAAGAGGUCCGGUAUGAGGCAAAUAUACCUGCUGUGAGCACCUGGCGCGGAAAGGGAAGCACAGCAAAACACGAGAACCCAACCCCCGAGAGUCUUUAG